ACUCUCAAGCACACACAACAAACGUGGCUUUGAAGGCGCGAACCUCUCCAAUCUCCAUCUAUCCUUUCUCUUUUUAGGUCGUCUUCUUCCUUCGACUUCUACCUUUCAAAACAAAGCCACCCUUUCCUCUUACACACACACAAACACACUUUCUUUCUUUCUUUCUUCCUUUCUUUCUGUGUGUGUGAAAAUGUCGUUGACGUUGGCCACCGGAGCUGCUACACUCAACUGCCAAACCCCUCCUUCUGUUAAAAUGUCCUUCAGCUUCAAGACUGGAGUUCCUACACAAUUAAACUACCGGAAUCCUCUCAAAUUCCGGGCAAACUCGAUUUCUAAAAAUCAGAAAAUCAAGUCCACUUAUCCGACGGUGAAAAUGAUGACGCGUAUUGAACGUUUGAUUCAAGAUGAAGGAAUUAUUUUGUUGCCUGGUAUUUAUGACGCUCUUUCCGCUUCCAUUCUAGAGAAGGUCGGUUUUAGUGCCGGUUGGAUCUCUGGUUUUUGUGUCUCUGCUUCUCUUCUUGGCAAACCAGACAUUGGUUUCCUUACGCCACCAGAAAUGGCAGCCACGACAAGUAGAGUGUGUGCUGCUGCGGACAUCCCCUUUAUUGCUGAUGCUGAUACUGGUGGUGGCAAUGCCCUCAACAUUCAGAGGACCAUCAAGGACUUGAUCAGGGCUGGUGCUGCUGGAUGCUUUUUGGAGGAUCAAGCAUGGCCAAAGAAAUGCGGGCAUUUCGCCGGCAAACAGGUUAUUCCUGCAGAAGAACAUGCGGCAAAAAUUGCUUCUGCUAGAGAUGCCAUUGGGAAUUCUGAUUUCUUCCUUGUGGCUAGGACUGAUGCACGUGCAACAUCAGUAGAAAAAGGUCUUUCAGAUGCCAUUUCAAGGGCCAACUUUUACUUGGAGGCAGGAGCGGAUGCAUGCUUUGUGGAAGCACCAAGGGAUGAUGAUGAACUAAGGGAAAUUGCACGCAGGACAAAGGGUUACAGGGCAUGUAACAUGCUUGAAGGAGGGAAAACACCAUUGCAUACACCAGAGGAGCUAAAAGCAAUGGGCUUCCAUUUGAUUCUUCAUUCAACUACUUCCAUCUAUGCCGCAGCAAAAUCAUUGACUGAUGUCCUCGGAACUCUGAGGGUGAAGGGAACUACUAGAGAAGACCUUCACCAAAUGGCUUCUUUUAGUGAAUUUAACGAAGUCGUCAAUUUGGACCACUGGUAUCAACUCGAAUCACGGUUUUCAAAAUACACCAAUGGUUCUAUUGUCAGAGAUCUUGAAGAAGCUGGUGUAGGUUUUAAAAAUUGAAAAGUAAUGCCGAGCAAAGUAAAUAUUUGUACCAGAAAGAAGAAUCUAUGAAUCAGAAUUUCGCAAUGGAGCCGCAUUUUGCAUUUGUAAUCUCGACCAUCACCACGACCACAACAAACUCAACCAGAACUCCCUUUGCCAGAUUGAAUAAAUCAGUUCUUGUAUUGCAAUUGUUUCAAUUUAGUCAGUUCUUGUACUACAGUUUAUUGUUUAAAUUCUUGUACUAAAUUAUAUUAUGCAAGUCAGUUUCUGUAAUUGUAAGGUUCUUGUACUAGAAUUAUUGCUUCAGGUUGUUGUAUUAAAAUAUGAUUUCAAGCCAGUUCUUGUAUUCUUGUACUACAAUUAUUGUUAAAUUGAAUAAAUCAGCUCUUCUGCUCAAA